UGUAAAAUCUCUAAACAGAACUGACUAAUCUAGAAGAGAAGUGAGAAGAUGAGUAUAGUUGUAAACCUGACUGAUCCUGGUUGUUUAAACCUAAUCAAGGAGAGAAGAGAACUGUUAUUAAACUAUUCAAUAAUAAUCCUGGAAUAUUGGGAAUACAAAUCCUCUUCACCCUAUCCUAAAACCGCAGGUGGUGUGGAUAUUCAGUUUCUCAAAACUUUACAAACCUCUUCUCUUAUCUCAGUGGGGAAACCAUUUGUAGGCUUGCUAGAGAAGGGACUAGAAAUGAACUCGAAGCUGAGUAUACAACGGAAACCAGGGUUGAAAGGUUUAAAACAAUCUCCGUCCGAUUAUUUGUCAGUAUCCUGUCCUUCAGCCUGUAUCCACACCCGGAGUAAGGACGGGAUUCAUCUCAACAACAAAGGAAUCCGAAACAAAGUAUUUAGAAAAUGA